AUGUCAUGGUUUGAGGUACUAAGAAAGACUAAUGAAAAAUAUAUUAGUAUUCAACGUACUGAUAGAACGUGGCUUGUACGAGAUGAUACGAAAUCACUUCAGAUAUUAUCUUGUCACCACCACACUAUAUCCAAAAAAAAUAAUGCAUAUCAACUUUGCGCCAUCACAUCAAUGAAACCUGAUCCUGGGCAAAAAAAAUGUUGGAUCCCCCUUGUUCCUGGCUAUUGCAUUAUGUCUAAAGUUGGAUUGCAUUUUAUGCGACUUUCCAUUACCGAAAAUAACAAUAAUUUACAAUUUGAAUGGAUUGAUUAUGGUAAUGAUAGUACAUUUAUGGGAAAUCCAGUUGCUAGUGGAGUAGAUAGUGAAUUUUUUCAAUCUUUACGGAAAUAUGCUGAAACGCAAAGUGUUAUUAAAGGCAAAAUAUCAAUUCCAAAUGUUCUUGGAUUAAACAUUUAUGAAAAUGCAAUAUAUCUUCGUAGUAUAAUUUCUCAUUUACAUGAUGGAAUCUUUUUAUCAUUAAAAGAAGCCUAUAAAGCUAGUACCAAAAUGAAUAAAUUUGUAAAAUCCUUGAAUAAACGUGCUCUUGAAUUGGAUGAAGAAUUUUCUAAUGGUAAUGAUCGUCCUAAUAAAAAAGUCAAAAGUGGGUUGAUCUUUUCGCCUUUUGGACACAAACUUACGCCUCAACAAAGUCAAGUACUUGUAUUUAAUUUUCACUCUAUUCAAAGCAAAUUUUAUCAGGCUAAUAAACGUUUGAAGCGGGCACAGAGUAACAUUGAAAAAUUGAAAACAUUGCCACCCCCAUCUUGUAAACAAAAAGAAAUUGAAGCACAAAAAAAAUUGAUUGAUGAAAAAAUUAAGCAAUUAAAGGAUGAGGAAAACCUUGGCAGUAGCAUUAUUUGCAGUACUGAUUCAUUUCUCUCUUUGAUUUUGACACAGCAAUGCUCUUGUGGAAACAAUGAUAUUUUACAGAAAAAAUGCAAAAUAUCUUCGGGUGGAUUAUCAGUUAAAGUAGUAAUUAAAUGUAAAAAAUGCAAAGAAACUUUAUCUUUUCAAAAUGAACCUCAAGAUAUGAAUUAUACAAAAGCAUUUGCUGCUGCUACAUUAUGUGGUGGAUUGAAUCGUCAAGAAUUUCAAAAUUCAAUGUUAACUCUUGGUAUUACCAAAUUACCUAGUAAGGCCAUUUAUCAUAGAUAUCAAAAAUCAAUAAGCGAAGAUAUUGAAAAUAUUGCUUUAGAAAAUGCUAAAAAAGCAUUAUAUGCGUCAAUUGAGGAUGCUAAAAAAAAUGGAAAAAAUGCUUUAACAAUUGGAUUCGAUGCAUCAUGGUCACAUGUACGCAAUGCAGCACAAGCUAGUGGAUAUACUCGCAAACCAGUUGUUGGAUUUUUUGUUGUAGAAAAAAGUCAUGUUAAAAAAGAUAAAAAUGGAAACAAAACAAUAAUGCAUCAAGGAAACCAUGAAGCUAGUUCUAAACAAAUGGAACAUGCAGUGCUUAUUGGAAUAUUGGAGAAAGUGGUUCCUGUUUUAGAAGAAACUGGUAUGCUUUUAGAUAUUGUAGUAGAUGGAGAUUUUGAUAGUAAUAAAACUUUGCAUGGAGUAAAAUGUGUAAAUCAAAUAUUUUCCGAUCUUAAGCAUUUAACAUGCAAUAUCCGAAAAAAAUUAAAUGCUAAAAAAUGGGAGCACUAUUCUCGUUAUGAAGACGUAAUAUUACAAUAUUAUAAAAAAUGUAUAUUUGCUGUAGCUGCCCGAAAAGCAUCUAAUAAUGAAGAUUAA